AUGCAGCUUACGGUAGGCCCCGAGAGCCUCGUUGCCUUGACGGCAGACGGGACGAUACGAUGUCUCCUCAACACGCGGUACCCACUCCCGUCCCGGCAGUCCUCGGCCGCGUUGGCCCUUGCCGAUCAAUUGGUCACGGAGCUUGCCCGCGCCGUUACCGCACAACUUGGGCCCCCUCCAGUGCCGUCAUCCGCCACGGCGGCUGAAGACGGAGUCCCAUCGACCGACAGCGUCACCGGUUAUACGGCCGACACGCGCCUCCAUGCCGUCCUGCUCGAGCGCAACCGCCUCUUUGUCUGUUUCGACCUGUUUCUCCCUGACUGCAAGCCCGAGGUCCGUCGACGGGUGGACGAGAGCAUAGCACAGCCGAUCCACAUCUUGCUCAAAUCGGGUAACAUAUGCCGGAUGAUGAGAAGCCCGGGGCUAGACAGGGAGGUUGCCGGGAGAUAUACCGAGUUUCAGGAGGUUGACAAGGGCCCACGGCCGUACUUCGACGACGACCUGAGCCCGGCCUUUUAUGUGAAUGGAAAACGUUAUGAGGGUAGAUUGGAAGACUAUGGCCCAGAGUUUGAGUUUCCUCUCGACGAGGACGACGAGGCCAAGGACGAGACGUGGGAGCCACAGGAGGUUUGCGGCGAUAGAAUCGCGGAUGACGGCUUCCCAGAGCUGCUCGUGAGGUGGAAGAGUGGUAGGGAGACAUGGGAGGAUUACGACGAUGUGGCCAAGACGGUGCCCGAGGCGCUUGUCGAGUAUAAGCGUCGUUGUGGGCAGACCAGUUAG